CACCGCGAGGAAGAGGAGGAGGAGGAGGAAGAAGCGGCGGCGGGGCGGGGGCGGGCCUCCCCGUCGCCCCGGCCCAGGCGCCCAGGGACGGCGGGGGCAGCAUGGCCGCCAGCCUCUGGAUGGGAGACCUGGAGCCGUACAUGGACGAGAAUUUCAUUUCGAGAGCCUUUGCUACUAUGGGAGAGCUAGUUCUGAGUGUAAAAAUCAUUCGGAAUAGGUUGACGGGGAUUCCAGCAGGCUAUUGCUUUGUAGAAUUUGCUGACUUGGCCACUGCAGAAAAAUGUUUACAUAAAAUCAACGGGAAACCUCUUCCUGGUGCCACACCAACAAAGCGAUUUAAAUUAAACUAUGCCACAUACGGAAAGCAGCCUGACAACAGCCCAGAAUAUUCACUAUUUGUAGGAGAUCUGUCCCCUGAUGUAGACGAUGGGAUGAUAUAUGAAUUCUUUGUAAAAGUGUACCCGUCAUGUAGGGGUGGCAAAGUUGUCGUGGACCAGACGGGAGUUUCCAAAGGCUAUGGUUUUGUGAAAUUCUCAGAUGAAUUGGAACAGAAAAGAGCACUGAUAGAGUGCCAGGGGGCUGUCGGCCUUGGUUCUAAACCGAUACGCUUGAGUGUUGCCAUACCAAAAGCUAACCGGCUGAAGACAGUCGAGUACAACCAGAUGUACAACUAUAACUAUAACCAGUACUACCAACAGUAUCAGAACUACUAUGCGCAUUGGGGAUAUGAUCAGAACACAGGCAGUUACAGCUACAGCUAUCCACAGUACGGCUACACACAAAGCACCAUGCAGAACUAUGAAGAGGUUGGUGAAGAUGCAUUAGAAGGCUUCCUUCCUUUUUCAGAUCCAAUGCCCCAGAUGGAUGUGGGAGAAGCGAACAAACAGUUCAUGGAACAGAGUGAAGAACUCUACGAUGCCUUGAUAGAAUGUCAUUGGCAGCCUUUGGACAGUGUCUCUUCAGAGAUUCAAGCCAUGUAGUUGCCUUGCUAAACACGGCGUCUCCGAGCAACAUGCCAGCGUGCCCUGGACUCUAGCCAAGCACACGAAGCCUGCAGCUGGGUUGCCCCCUCUUUUCCUCCAGAUUGCUGACUCAGAAGAGUACAGAGGAGGGCUUGCAGCAGUUUCUGUAUGUGCUGAGCCGGCAGAGGAGCAUUUGUGGUCAAAUCUAUUCAUGAUGAAAAUAGAACUCAGACACUUAGGUUUUUUUCCUUUUCUUUCUUUCUUUCUUUUUUUUUUGGGGGGGGGAGGCACGUCUUGAGACAGACUUGUUAAUCCUUGUCAAGGGGUUGUAAUUUAUAAACUUUUAAAAACAAGAUGGUAUGGUGGGAAAAAUUUUACUUCCAUGUACAAUAAAAAGUAUCUUUUACACAA